UGCUAAAACUCUUAAGUUCACACUGUUGAAGAUGCAGUACUCCCAAACAAUGCACACGCAAAAAUAAAAUGGAGUGCCCACAAAUUGAUUUAUAUGAAUUCCUCACCGAGUCCGAACUGCAGCAAUACUACAAUGCCAUCAAAAACGAACUAAAAAUAACAAAUGCAGCCCAAUUUAAAUAUGCAGCGGAUGAGGAUUUACGUUUCAUUGGCCUGUCGAGGCCGGAAAUACGAAGACUGCGCAAGUUCUAUGAAAAGCAUUUCCCCCACAGCUACCUCAGCAAAAUCAAGCGCCUGCUACAAGCGCCCGCCACAAUUGUGAAGCGCGAAGAUGGGGCUGGGGCUGGUGGGCAGGCAACAAAUGAGAACGGCGCCGCUGCAGGGACGACCAACACAGCGACCCGUAAUGGCGGUAGCAGCUCGCCGGGCAGCAAGGCACCCAACAAUAAGCACAUCAUACCGGCUGAUUCGAUUAGCGUUAAUAAGCAGCUGGGCAUUGGGGAGUUUGGCAUUGUGCAGCAGGGCGUUUGGACGAAUGGCAGCGAGCGGAUUCAAGUGGCCAUCAAGUGCUUGUGCCGCGAGCGCAUGCAAUCGAAUCCCAUGGAGUUUCUCAAGGAGGCAGCCAUAAUGCAUUCAAUUGAGCACGAGAACAUUGUGCGCUUGUAUGGAGUGGUGCUGGCCACGGAUUCCCUGAUGCUCGUCACAGAGCUGGCCCAUCUACGUUCCUUACUCGAGUGCCUUAAGGAUUCCGGCUUGCGCGUCAGCUUUCUUACAAUACCCACGCUCUGUGAGUUUGCGCUGCAGAUCUGUAAUGGUAUGCGCUAUCUGGAGCAAAAGCGACUGAUACAUAGAGAUUUGGCUGCACGGAAUAUAUUGGUCUUCAGCAAGGACAAGGUGAAGAUCUCAGACUUUGGGCUAUCGCGGGCCCUGGGUGUGGGCAAGGACUACUACAAGACAAACUUCAAUGUGAAUCUAAAGCUGCCUAUUGCCUGGUGUGCACCAGAAUGCAUCAAUUACUUGCGCUUCACCAACGCCUCCGAUGUUUGGGCCUAUGGCGUUUGCCUUUGGGAGAUGUUCUCAUAUGGCUUCCAACCAUGGGCGGCACUGACUGGUUUACAGAUACUGGAAGCUAUAGAUUCGCCCAAUUUUCAGCGCCUGGAGCAGCCUGACUGCUGUCCACGCGAGUAUUACACUUUGAUGAUGAAGUGCUGGCAGGACGAUGCCCUAAAGCGGCCAAAGUUUAGCGAAAUCUACGAGCAACUGCCUGACAUGAAGCCUGAACAACUGAAGGCCGUUGUCAACUGUGUGGAGCCGAAGAAGGAUCAUUUGUUGUAUCGCCAGGGCGAUAUCAUAACUGUGCUUGAUCGUAACACUGGCACGCCCUUCUGGAAAGGCGUUUUGAGCACCGGCAAGACAGGUUUCUUUAAUCCCUCGAAUACUGUCGCCUUUUUGGAGGGCUUGCCCUGCUCUUCCAAUCGCGACUCCUUUAGUCGUGUCGGCGACCAUCGCAUUAGCAAGCGUAAAUUGCGUACGGAAAUGAUUUCGAAACCGCAGAAUGAUUUUAAGCACACCGGGCAUGUUGGCAUUGAUGGCGCCACUUUUGGAGACAUUGCCUUCCUCGGCAGCUCUCAAAAUUACAAUCAUGUGCCCAAACAGAUUGUGACGCCGUACAAGCCGUCGGAGGACAUUGAACAGACGCCACUGCUACUGCCUCCGACGCCGACCAGCCCCGACUCGUUGCAAACGGCCAGCGGAUAUUUCCCAGAGGGCGCCGGCACCUCCAUGAAUCCCACGUUUAUUCCCUCCACGGAGCACACGCCCAAACUGAUACCUAGCAAUGGGCAUAGCUCAUUUGACUUUGCUGGCUCCACAAAUCCCUUUGCCUCACACACUUUGGAUGAGGAGCAGCUUGCUUAUGCGCUUCAAAACAAUAAUUACGGGGCCGAUGGCAAGAGCAUCCACUCGGAACCCAAUUGGCGGGCCAGUUCACGCAAUACGACUGACGAUCCACACGAAUAUCACGAAAUAUCCGACGAUGAGAUCGCUGGCGACAAGCUGGACUUUGGUCCCUCGCUGUUGGAUGAGAUCAACUCGAUGUUUGGCUCAAUCAGCGGCGCCUCUGGCAGCCAGCCAAAGUCGCCCGACUUUGAUCAUGUGAACACAAAGAACGAAUUCGCUGAGAUGUCUGCAAAGCUUAACCACAAAAGUGGCGACAGCAAUGGCAAUAAGCAUGGCCAUGGAUUGCUGCCUACGUUGUCCAAGAAGAAGGCAUCGACGGGCACUGUAAAGCCCAUUUCGGUCAAGGAUGAGAAAAUACUGAACCAUGCCAUUGAAAUGGCCAAUGAGAUUAGUGCCAGAUCCAUGAUUGAUUUGGUCUCUGAUCAUACGCCAGCCACGCACAGUCCGAAGCGCAAAUUUAGUUUUCGUUUUCCGCAUUUGAGUAGCGGCAGUGGCAGCGGCGGGGACAAGUCAGGUGGGGCUUUGGGUGGUGCUGCAGGCAGCUCUGCACUUACGCCCACCCAUGGAAAUGCCUCGCCGUUCUCCAAGAAGAAAAACUUUACGGAGGAGCUGCAGAGCAUACCCGAUAUUCAGUCGCUGAUUGGCGAGGAGGGCCGCGAGGCGUACAACAGCCUGAUCGAGCGCAAGGGCAUGCUGGACAUUGGCUCCAGUCCGGCUGCCACGCUGCUGCGUCACAUGGACACAGAUGAGUUCGAGCUGAUGAAUUCCAAGACGUUGCCUCGUCGCCUGGGCAGCCAGCUGAGUUAUCCAGGUACUGCGGCAGCUGCAGCUGCUUCUCCAGCUGCCCCUGCCGCGGAGCCUUCGAGUGCGGCUGCGGACUGCGCACGUCCUUUGCAGCGCUUGCAGCCACCGCGACCUAUGACGCUGCCAACGCGAGGUGCGGCGCAGCGAGUGCGUCGUGCCGAGCAGGCGAACGUCGUGGAGAGGCAGAGCGAUGAGAAUCGCAAUGAGCCGUGCGAGAGUCCCAGCUAUAUGACACACCCCAGCUACAAGUUUCCGGAGCCUCAGGAGACGAAUGCAUUGCCGUUGCCAUCGCGCGAGGGCAAGAAGCAGGUGAAGACCAGCGCCAAGCGACACGUGCGGAAGUAUCCGCUCAUCAUCCCAGCGAAUGGCGUGCAGCGCACGCUCAGCAAGGUGGCGGACUUUGGUGAUGCAUCGCCACAGCCGCAGCAACAGACGCUUCAGCAGCAACAGCAGCACCAGCAGCAGACUCGCUCCAUUGAGGUGGUGGCUGCGGUGCGCUCGAGCAGCGUCCGUCGCCGACCCGAUGCCCGGGAGUACGAGAAUAUGCCAGCCAUAGCAGGCGAAGCAUCUGCGGCCCAUACCUACCAGAAUCUCGAUAAGCUGGAGAAACAGGCGCCUGCCGACGCGGCUGGGCUGACGGACAGCGCCUCGCUGCAGUUCGAGUCCAUAUUGGAGGGAGACAUGAGCAAGGAGGGCAUGGUGUUGCAGUCGCCGGACGUGACCGAUGGCUUCUACAACUUCUCCAUACAGAAGGAGCACUACAACAAGAGCAAGGAUGUCGGCUUCGAGCCCGCCCAAGCCACGGGACUUUAUGUGAACGACGAUGAGCUGCGCAACCUGGACAAACCGUUGGCAACCAGCAACAGCUCCUCCAACUUGGACUCGGCAGCAGUGCCGCAGGAGAUGGCACCAACUGCAGCCUCAGCAGCAGCCGCUGUAGCCGCGGCAGCAGCAGCAGCGGCUUCUUCAACAACAGCAGCGACAGCAGCUGAGGAGCCUUUGGAGAGCAUAAGCACGCGGCGCUUCGCUAGUGCCGACAAUGAGCUGGCGGGAAAUGCACUCUUUAAAAAGGUGCGGGCCUCCGUCAACCAGGCAAUGAAUCGCAGCUCCAUCAAUGGCAACGAAGUGGCGAGCAACAACUCAACGCCUGCAUUGAAGCCACAAACGGAGGCGGAAUACUUUGCAGCUACUGCGGCGCGAUUGGCCGACUCGAAUUCCGUGAGCUGUGAGGAUUUGCUGGAGUUCUCCGACAAGAAGCCACGUGGCUGUGAGCGGGGCGUCGACUCAGAUGAAGUACGCAUCAUGGUCAAAGUACUGGGCAAAGACAGCACGCCCACACGCUGCCUGGCCGCCCUGGAGUUCAUCAAUUGGGAUGUUCACAAAUCCAUUAAAUUGAUAAAGCUGCAGAAUAUACUUGCUGAGGCGAAUCUGAGUCUAUCCGCUGCAUUCGAGGCACUACAGCAGCAGGAAUGGGACUUGCACACAACAGCCGUGAAGCUGAAGGGAGUUAAGCUCUGAAGAAUGCGCAAAUUGAUACAUAGACCUCCUAUAUACACAUAUAUAUGAUAUAUACCAUGUGCCUGUUGGGAACAACAUCAUUUGUGGCCUUCUUGUCUAUGUUUAUAACUUUCACCAUUUAAAGUUCACUUUCCUCUAUUAUUUAAUACUAUAGUAUGUAGGACAUCCUUAACUCAAACUCAAUCACUGCUCAAAAUAUGUUUCUAUUGUAUUUCAUACUCCUUUCCUACUGUAUGAACGUAUCUCAGCAUGUACUUAUCUAAUAAUGCAAUGUAUCUAGUUCUUAAUUGUACUAUGUUAAUCCCUAUAGCCAGCUUUUCAAACACAGAUCAAAAAGGAUAACUUAGCACUAACUAUCCGGAUACA